AUGAUGGGCUGCGAGGCCUUAGUGGGCUCUGUUGUUGUUCAGAACUUCGUUCCCACUUUCCUGGGCAACAUGGUGGGCGGCUGCUUCUCGAUAGGCGCUGUUUACUGGUACAACUUCUACCCCGUGGAGGAGUACACGCACAGGGAGCUGCUGGGGGGACCCCAGGGUUGCCCCAUUGCACCGGUGCCGGCGCUAUCGCCAGCCCCAAUCUCCAGUGUUCCCCUCAACUUUCUGCGCGAUGCCAACUUGAAAGAGAAGUUCCAGGAGUGUUAA